AAGAGGACCCGGAUGUUUCCAGGUGUCCUGCUAAUCUGAUGAGAAACCAGUAUCUGACAUCCCGGGGUGACAUAUGUUACGAGUUUGUCCUCUACAAGACUAGAACCCAGGCACAGGCGGAUCGGGAGUGCGCCGUGAAUGGAGGAAAUCUCGUCACAGUCAAAGACAAACGUGUGGAAGAUUUUAUUGGGGACAUGUUGCACAAGUUACGUUAUAACGGGCGAGUCUGGAUUGGACUGAACGAUAUCGCAACUGAAGGAGAGUACCACUGGAGCACAGGGAAAAAAGCCACGUACUUAAACUGGGCCCCACACGAACCGACGCUUUUUCUUUCUACGAUUGAAGAUUGUGUGAUUCUAGAUGUUAAAAAACACAUGCAGUGGUUCGACACCCCUUGUCAUCUUCGGCAAUACGAGUAUAUCUGUGAAUAUUCAAUCGAACAGGAUGUAUCCAGGUGUCCUGCUGAUCUGAUCAGAAACCAGUACCUGACAGCACGGGGUGACAUAUGUUACGAGUUUGUCCUCCACCAGACUAAAAUACAUACCCACGCGGAGCAGGAGUGCGCUGUUAAUGGAGGAAAUCUCGUCACAGUCAAAGACAAAAGUGUGGAGGAUUUCAUUGGGGACAUGUUACACAAGUUUCGCUAUAACGAGCGGGUCUGGAUUGGACUCAACGAUAUCAUAACUGAAGGGGAGUACCACUGGAGCACAGGAGAGAAAGCCACGUACUUCAACUGGGCCCCACACGAACCGACGAUGUUCCUGUCUACAUUUGAAGAUUGCGUGAUUCUAGAUGUUAAAAAAGACAUGCAGUGGCUCGACACACCUUGUCUUAUUGGAUUUCACCAUUACAUUUGUGAAUAUCGUGAGUAUCCGCUUGUCACUCACCUCUGUCAUUAAUCGUUCAACAUUAUAGUGUUAAGUAUUCAAUGGCUAAUCUAUACUGAUGGAAAUAAAUAAGGGAUCAUACCAAGACUAACAAGAGAGAGUGAC